GUGCUCCCCCACGCUGACCUGGUUUGGCAGCACCUUGACCAUCGACCCAUCUGCAUCUUCUAUCCAACUCCUGUGCCCUAGGAUCAGAGAAGAGGCCAAGGAUGGACACUGGCCCCCAGCACUAACAAGGGGAUGGGCAGAGUCGGAGAAUAAUGCCCAAGAGCCUGGGGUUGAGCGGUUUCAGAUUCUCCGGAAAGCCGGAGCUGGAGUUGGAGACUCCCCUCUUUGAAGAGUUCUCAGGAAGUUUGGGGGAGGGGCGAUCCGCACUCUCCUUUUCCACCAGCCUUGUGCGCCCGCGGCUGUGAAGGGACCACAGCAGCUGCCAGGCUCGCGCUGUCACGUCUGUGCCCUCGGGCGGGCUCACGUUGCUAGAAGAGGGUCUGCCGGCAGAGCGCACGGGCCAGCAUGGAGGGACUGGUCUUCCUCAACGCCCUUGUCACAAGGCUGCUGUUCGUGCUACACUCGGUGGUCGGAGUCUGGAGAGUGACUGAGGUGAAGAAGGAGCCUCGGUACUGGCUGCUUGCGCUGCUCAACCUUUUGCUUCUCCUGGAGACUGUGCUCACCCUCAAGUUCAAGCGCGGCAGAGGCUACAAAUGGUUUUCUCCAGCCAUAUUUUUAUAUUUGAUUAGCAUUGUUCCAUCAUUGUGGCUUCUUGAAGUGCAUCAUGGAACUCAGCAUUGCCCUGUUCAAUCUGGAGAAAUGUCACAGAAUAGCAGCAGCAAAGAAGACUACAAUCAAACAUUGAUCUCCAGGAAGCAAAUCCACGGAGCCGAAGAUCUCAUUGAAUCGGCCAGAGUUUUUGUAACUAACCUAUCUGCAGUAUGUGAGAAGGCUUGGACUUUGGGACUCCAUCAGACAUUCCUACUACUGUUAAUUAUUGGAAGAUGGCUCCUCCCCAUUGGAGGAGAGAUCACUCGAGACCAACUCUCACAACUUCUCCUUAUGUUUGUGGGGACGGCUGCUGACAUCCUGGAAUUCACAAGUGAGACUCUUGACAUAGAAAGUGUGAGGACUAAGCCCUCACUAGUCUACGCCAUCCUUAUCUUAUGGACAUGGAGCAUGCUGCAGUUUCCACUUGACCUGGCAGUGCAGCAUUUAGCGUGCUCUUCAUCUGGGACAACCCGGGGAUUCACCAGCCUGUUCUUCUGCAAAUACAGCGCUGAUAUGUGGAAUAUUGGAAUCAGUGUCUUCAUCCAAGACGGUCCCUUCCUUGUCUUGCGCCUCAUCCUAAUGAUCUACUUCAAUGUGACCAACCAAAUGCUGGUGUUCUUUGCUGCGAAAAAUUUCCUCGUGGUGGUGCUGCAUCUCUACCGCCUGGUGGUGCUGGCCUUGGCAGCACGUGCUUCCUUGAAACAUCAGUCGGAAAGCUCCCCAGGAGAGCGCAGGUGCCAAGGCCAGCCCUCCGACAGCGGGCUCUCAUCAGGGGUUUGGCAGGGAGAGAUGAAGGAGGGCCUGGCUAUUCCAUUGCAGACCUUACCUGCCAGCUCUGUGGAGUCCCAUUCGACAACUUAGUUAUUGAGUGGAACAGCGCAGUAGCUAGGGCAUCUAGUUUUCUAGUUCUUCUCAGAGACAGGAUUUUCUUCCAUUUUCCCCUCCCUUCUUUGACAUAUGAUGAUUCUCAAAGGAACAGCCUUUUAAAAA